CAUAAAGCAAAAGCAAAACAGCAACCACUGAGAACAAUAAAACAUCAGUGAGCAUGUCCAGACAACACAUGUGUCAACGAAAUAAAGAAAAAAUAAUUUUUUAAAAUCACCUUUCAGGAGUAAUUUUUUUUCGUUUUUGUUGUUUCUUUUUUUUUAUUUAUAUUAUCAAAAAUAAAUUAAUUAAUAAAAUGUUGACAACACCUCAUAUACCGCAUUUACACCAUCGCGGCAGUGCUGCUGUGGAAUUGGAUAAAAUCACUAACCUGAAUACGCUAAUAGUUGAAAUUAACAGUCAUUUGGCAUUAUUUCGUGAUCUGCUUAUACAUGUGGGCCAAACAAAAGACUGCCCAGAGUUGCGGGAAAAAAUACGUAAGUUACGUCGCACUUGUGUGGAGGCUUUCAAGCACACGGAACAAAUUUUAAUGCCACAAGUCAAAAGUGCCACUGCCGAUGGCGUCCUAACAGACAAUCCGCAUCUGGUUUUAUUAUUUUAUAUGGCGCAGUUGUUUUUGCGCGAAUUAGUGAAAAGCUAUCGCCUUAUACAAGUGGUGCCAAUGGACAUGUCAGGCUAUUAUGAAAAUCGUGCUGGUCCUUCCAAUCUUGGCAAUGUCAUAAGUCAAAUUCUGUUGUGUAAACAAAUAACACCGGAUUUUAAUCAGGAGGAAUUAUGCAGUAUUACAAAAGAUUCACAGGACAUGGCUGUGCUGCUGUCGGAAAUGCAAGAGUUCAUGCCGCAACAUGAAACAUAUCUUGAACGUCACACUGCUUUGGACACUAGCGGACCUUGGGCAAAUAAAGGACGUAACAACUACAUCUGUAAGAAUAUGAGUCUGCUGUGCUGUGUCUCUCGACCAAAUUAUCUCUGAAAGUAAAUUUUAAUUAAAUUUUUUUAAUAGAAUUUAAAUUUUAGAAAAUUCCUAAA